AUGCUGGAUCCACAUAUGGUCAUCAGAAAGAGGUCUGCCUACAAAGAGUUCAUGAAAAUAGGUUCUCAAAGGAUCCUUGAAUCAGGCAUUCAAAGAAGAGAAGAAGACAAAAUCUAUAUGAAGAAACCUGUAUGUCACUCGAAAGGAAGCAACUUUGGAAGUGCAGGAAUUAUUGACUGUUAUGCUGCUUUUGUCAUAUUUGGAAUUGGUCUAGGCAUUAGUUUCAUUAUUUUUGCAAUGGAACUGAUUUAUCGCAAUUACAAGGUGAAAAAGGCGAACGAUAGAGAGAAACAAGAAAGAUUUGCAAAUUAAUCUACGACUAGUGAACACCAGAAUCUCGUAGUGUUAAUUAAUCUGAUUUUUUUUAACAGUAGUAAAAUAGAUUUCUCUUCG